AUGGAUAAAACUGGUCGAUCACAUUUUUCAGAAAUACAAAAUACAUCACUGUUCGGUCGAUGUGAUAGUUUAAGUCAAGAACAAAUACAACAACAACAAGAAGAAUCGGAUAAUAUACAAACAUCAUUAAUAUCAAUUCCGUCUAAAGGAAGACCUUUUUGUCGCCAAUUCAGUGAACAAAAUGUUGGUAAGUCUGAUGAAAAAUAUAAUUUUAUAAGAAAAUAUUAUUUAUUUGGCGGUGAUACAGAUGAUAAAGGAGUACACCACUUAUUUGACGAAGAAAAAGAAGAUCUAUCUUUUCCUGGCGUUAUGGAAAGACUUCCAUACAAAAUUGCUGAUAUCAAACUAGCAGAAGCAGGUAGAAAAGCCUUAUCAAUGGCUGAAUUUGAAAUGCCAGGAGUAAUGCGAUUACGAAAAAUAUAUGGUCCUACAAAACCAUUGAAAGGUGUUCGUCUUGCUGGAUGUUUACAUGUGACAGCACAAACAGGAGUGAUGAUUGAAACAUUACGUGAAUUGGGGGCUGAAAUUCGAUGGAGUUGUUGUAAUCCAUUAUCAACGCAAGAUCAUAUUGCAGCUGCAUUAGUUAAAGCUGGUAUAUCCAUUUU